AUGGGUGCUCCCUCACUUCCGAACCUCUUUAUCGCUGAGCAGGAAGCACUUGACACCUUCUGCACGGUACUCCGUACUAUGCGGCCAUCACCAGAAGCCAUGAACAGACAGCCUUCGCUCUACUUUGUCGUCGGUGCAUCCGUGUCAUUGGGCAAGACACCACACACCAUGAUCAAUCCUUUCGUUUUGUCGUUCGCCGGUGGCUGGGAUGACCAUGUGGAAGCCUCUUUAAGGAGCAGGGCCAUUCAAACUCACUACUGCAAGGUGACACCCACUGUGAAGGCAUAUUAUCAAAGAUGGAUGUUUGCAACAGGCCCGUUCCUUGAGCCGGCCCAGGACCGUGUGAUCAGAGUUUGA